AUGCAGGUCCCCAGCCCCACCGUGCGAGAGGCGGCCUCCAUGUAUGGCACAGCGGUGGCCAUCUUCCUGGUCAUCCUGGUGGCCGCCCUCCAGGGCUCAGCACCCGCUGAGAGCCCCUUCCCCUACCGCAUCCCCCUGGACCCCGGGGGGGCCCUGGAGCUCUCCUGGAAUGUCAGCUACGUGCAGGAGACUGUCCACUUCCAGCUCCUGGUGCGGGAGCUCAAGGCUGGGGUCCUGUUCGGGAUGUCGGACCGCGGCGAAUUGGAGAAUGCUGACCUCAUAGUGCUCUGGACCGAUGGAGACAGUGCCUACUUUGGGGACGCCUGGAGUGACCAGAAGGGGCAGAUCCACCUGGAUUCGCAGCAGGACUACCAGCUGUUGCAGGCACAGAGGACUCCAGAAGGCCUGGUCCUGCUCUUCAAGAGGCCCUUUGGCACCUGUGACCCCAAGGAUUACCUCAUUGAGGAUGGCACUGUCCACUUGGUGUAUGGCAUCCUGGAUGAGCCACUCCGCCUGCUAGAGGCCAUCAACACGUCCAGCCUGAAGACGGGGCUACAGAGGGUGCAGCUGCUGAAGCCUGACAUCUCCGUCCCGGCCCUGCCCUCAGACUUGCACACCAUGGAGAUCCGGGCCCCGGACGUCCUCAUUCCUGGCCAGGAGACCACGUACUGGUGCUAUAUCACCGAGCUUCCCGAUGGCUUCUCCAGGCACCACAUUGUCAUGUACGAGCCCAUGGUCACCGAGGGCAAUGAGGCCCUGGUGCACCACAUGGAGGUCUUCCAGUGCGCUGCCGAGUUCGAGAGCUUCCCCCAGUUCAGUGGGCCCUGCGACUCCAAGAUGAAGCCUGACCGUCUCAACUACUGCCGCCACGUGCUGGCCGCCUGGGCCCUGGGUGCCAAGGCCUUUUACUACCCGGAGGAAACGGGCCUUGCCUUCGGGGGCGCUGGGUCCUCCAGGUUUCUCCGCCUGGAAGUUCACUACCACAACCCACUGAGGAUACAAGGCCGGCGGGACUCCUCUGGCAUCCGCCUGUACUACACGGCCAAGCUGCGGCGCUAUGACGCGGGGAUCAUGGAGCUGGGCCUGGUGUACACGCCCGUGAUGGCCAUCCCCCCGCAGGAGUCGGCCUACACCCUCACGGGCUACUGCACGGACAAGUGCACCCAGUUGGCCUUGCCGCCCUCUGGGAUCCACAUCUUUGCCUCUCAGCUCCACACACACCUGACAGGGAGAAAGGUGGUCACUGUGCUGGCCCGGGACGGCCGAGAGCAGGAGGUCGUGAGCAGGGACAGCCACUACAGCCCUCACUUCCAGGAGAUCCGCAUGCUGAGGAAGGUUGUGUCUGUCUAUCCGGGGGACGUGCUCAUCACUUCCUGUACUUACAACACGGGAGACAGGAAGCUGGCCACUGUGGGGGGCUUUGGCAUCCUGGAGGAGAUGUGCGUCAACUACGUGCAUUACUACCCCCAGACGCAGCUGGAGCUCUGCAAGAGUGCCGUGGACCCUGGCUUCCUGCAGAAAUACUUCCACCUCAUCAACAGGUUCAACAACGAGGAAGUUUGCACCUGUCCUCAGGUCUCUGUCCCCGAGCAGUUUGCCUCUGUCACCUGGAACUCCUUCAACCGAGAUGUGCUCAAGGCCCUGUACGGCUUCGCCCCCAUUGCUAUGCACUGCAACAAGUCCUCGGCCGUCCGCUUCCAGGGUGAAUGGAACCUGCAGCCCCUGCCUGAGAUCAUCUCCAAGCUGGAAGAGGCUGCCCCGCAGUGCCCAGGGAGCCUGGGUCAGAGAACUGUUGGCCCCACCCUGGUCAGCAUCAGUGAGGACAGAGGUUGAGUGGGGGCCGCCUCCCCAGCCCUCCCUCCAUCCCUGCGGGCUCACGCCGGCUCUCUGCAUUUCCACUCUGUGAAGACCCCCAUGGAACGGUUCUUUGUGCUGGAGAUGAAUGGGCCGCACCAAGCUCCUGCCUGAGAUCCUAGUCCAUGCCAGCUUUCUCCCCCGGAGGACACCCCCACGUGGCUGAGAGGGUCCCAUGAGAGCUCCCAGUAGCCCCCAGGACUGCAGACCAACCCCUUCUCCACAUGCUUUGACACAGCAUAAGGCUAACCCGCCUGGGUGGUCGAGAGCCCAGUGCACGCAAUGCCCUGCCUGACUUGCUGGGAGCAGCCGACCUUCUGGGACAACCAGCCCGGCCUGGCUGCAUGCAGACUUGCCCCAAGAUGGCCCUGUGUCCCCAGCCCUGUCGACCACGACCUGUGUUGGUGUGUGGCAGGCUCGCACUCUACUUAAACGUUUCCCUGAAGAGCG